CCUGGCAGCCAUAAAAGGGCAUGCAGAGUGCCUCAGGAUCAUGGUGACACAUGGUGCAGAUGUGACAGCCCAAGAUGGUACAGGGCAUAGUGCUUUACAUCUUGCAGCAAAGAACAGCCACCCUGAUUGCAUUAAGAGGCUACUUCAGAGUAAAUGUCCAGCAGAGAGCACAGAUAAUUCUGGGAAAACAGCAUUACAUUAUGCAGCUGCAUGUGGUUGUCUUCAGGCAGUUCAGCUUCUGUGUGACCACAAGUGUCCAAUUAAUGUCAAAGAUUUGGAUGGGAACAUACCUCUGCUGCUUGCCGUACAAAAUGGUCACACAGAAGUCUGCAAAUACCUUCUAGAUCAUGGAGCAGAUGUCAACACCAGGGAUAAAAAUGGAAGAACUGCUUUGAUGAUGGCUUGUGAAGCUGGUAGCUUUAACAUGGUGGAAGCCUUCCUUAGGAAAGGUGCAGAUGUCAGUUUAGUAGAUGUCGUUGGACAGAAUGCCAUGCAUUACUCCAAGCUCUCCGAGAAUACAGGGAUCCAGAAUCUCCUAUCAUCAAAGUUGUCUCAGGAUGUGGAUACAAAGUUACCGACAAAAGCAAAGCAGCUUAGUGAUUUGUCUUCUCCACACUCAUCAACUUCAACUCCCAUGACUGGAAAAGGGCAGGCUUUCUUUGUGGACCAAGUGUGCAAG